AUGGACCCCGUCGCCCAUCGUCCAUGGGAGCCUGUCUCCUCGGGCCCUCAAACACCUGCCGCCUUAAACCAGACGUUACCCUCGAUCUCAACAUUAACCGCGAACAUGGGCCCUGCCGGCGUCAACCCAUCCGAGAAAUCCCCCGGCAACUCCUCCUUGAACACCAUUGAACGGGACUCGGGGAAUUGGUCAAUGCCGCAAAGCACAAGAUCCUCAACCUACUCGACCGCGACCAAUGGGACCGGCAACAACUAUCCCUCCCUCACCUUCCUGACCUCGACCUCCCAACCCUCGCCGAAUCGCGGCCACAUCGCGCCAGACCGGUCGCCGUACCCGCACGAUCAGUCCACGACCCCUUCCUCAGCUGGCACGCAACAACCCUCGCCCAGCUUCAACACCUCCCAGCCGAACUCGGCGCUCCCAUCAAUCAACCAGAACUAUGAUGCCGCAUCGCAACGGGGCAGUGUCGCCGAGGUGCCGGAAUCGCGGCGGAGUAGUGUGGAUAGCCGUGUGAACCAAGGCAUCAGCUCGUUGGCAAUCAACCCUGCCUCACCCUACCACAGCACAAAUGCGUCGCAGUCCUCGAUCGUCUCAAGUCUACAGCGGGAAAGAGGGAUCUCAACCGAUAUGAACUCAUACCGGGGGCCGCGGUACUCGGGUGGUAGCCAGCCUUUGUCUCCCUUGGGGCCCCGACCAGGCGAGCACCGAUCGUUCGCCGCUGGGCGUACGGCACCUGCGAUUUCGUCCAACCCUCGCUCGGAGAUUUACAACGCCGAGGCACCCACGGCGGGUAUGGCGUACGCUUUCCCAGAUCCUGACGUGGCUCGAUCGAGCUCGAUCUCGUCGACGGAGAAGUCCAAUCCGCCUUUCUCUCGGAAAGGCAGCACGGCAGAGUCUCUCAGCAGCAUGUACUCCGAGCGCAUGCCACGAGGACAGCAUGAACUACCACCCAAUGUACAUCACCACUCCCUGCAACAUAAACAGGUCCGCGAUCUAAUCGGAGAAUCUGAAUCGGGUGCGGGCAACACACCAUACAGUCGAACGCCCGAACUGCGCGUCACGCACAAACUCGCAGAGCGCAAGCGCCGCAGUGAAAUGAAAGACUGCUUCGAGGCUCUCCGCAUGCGCCUCCCGCAAACCCAGAACAACAAGUCCAGCAAGUGGGAAACGCUUAGCCGGGCCAUCGAGUAUAUCAACUCGCUCGAGAAGAACCUUGCCACGGCGCGCCGCGAGAACUCCGUGAUGCGCACCGAGAUGGAGGAAAUGCGAGCUCAGUUCUCUCAACAACAGGGUCACGGCCCAUCGCGACCGGGCUCUAUAUUCGAACAUCACGCGAUGGCGACGACCCCGACGAACGGACAGCCGCCGGGUCCGGCCUUUGGAGGAUUCGGGAAUGGGUCUGUUAUGGCUCAGGAGCAACCGCGGACACUACCGCCGCUCAUGAAUGGCUCGUCGGCUGCAAUGCAGGGCAUUCAGUAUACUGAUGAGCGGCGGUAG